AAAUUAUUAAAGCAAAUCAAGAAAAGUACGGUCGUCGUCGGGUUGCCAAAAAGAUAGUCAUCAGCUUCCAACGAUCUGAAAACCCUAAUCAAAAUCUUAUCUAACCCUGUUCUCUACUCAACCGUCGCGCCCAGUUAAUUCACAUUGUCAACGUUUUUGGCAUAAUUCAGAGGGCACUAUUCACCAUAGCAAAGCGUGCAUUCUCUUGAUCACAUUUAUUGCUGUAUAUAUAUAUAUAUAUAUUUCAGAAAAAGUGGCCUUCAUUAAGACUGCAUUGCCAUCCAUCCAUCAAUUUUUACUUGUACUCUGAAACUUCCUGCCAAGAGGAAAAAAUGUCUGUUUUGAUGCAAAACACUCUCUGUCUAUCUCCACCUCGAAUUCAGUGUUCAUCUGUUGUUCAUUGCCAUUUUAUGCCACCAUAUAAGGUAGAUAAUACAAAUUUCCAAUCCCCUUUUGGUUUCAAGUGUUCGAGUUUUCGGCCAUCUGCUUUGCCGAAUUCAAGCAGCCAUGCAUCCCCUGUGUCUUCUUUUAGUCAGUUGAUAGAGGCUUUGAUAAGCGGGGUGGAUUUAUCAGAAGCUGAAGCUGAGGCCUCUCUUGAUUUCUUGUUGGAUGGUGCUGAUGAGGCUUUGAUUAGUGCGUUUUUGGUGCUAUUGAGAGCUAAAGGUGAAACUUACGAAGAAGUAGUUGGGCUAGCAAGAGCAAUGAUAAAACACUGUAGGAAAGUCGAAGGACUGAGCGAUGCAGUCGACAUUGUUGGAACUGGUGGUGAUGGUGCAAAUACAGUGAACAUUUCCACUGGAGCUUCAAUCCUUGCUGCAGCUUGUGGCGCAAAAGUUGCUAAGCAAGGUAACCGGUCUAGUUCAUCUGCUUGUGGCAGUGCUGAUGUACUUGAAGCAUUGGGCGUUGCAAUUAGCUUGGAACCAGAGGGGGUUGCAAGAUGUGUAAAUGAAGCGGGAAUUGGCUUUAUGAUGGCUCCAAUUUAUCAUCCAGCAAUGCAAAUUGUCAGACCUAUCAGGAAAAAGCUUAAAGUAAAAACUGUGUUCAAUAUCUUAGGCCCCAUGUUGAAUCCAGCAAGAGUUCCUUUUGCUGUUGUCGGGGUGUACAAAGAAGAGCUGGUCCAUAAGAUGGCAAAUGCACUUCAAAGAUUUGGCAUGAAGAGAGCAUUGAUUGUUCACUCCGAGGGACUGGAUGAGAUGAGCCCCCUUGGGCCUGGACUAGUCCUCGAUGUGACUCCAGAUAAGAUAGAAAAGUUCUCAUUUGAUCCAUUGGACUUCGGGAUCCCUCGCUGCACUCUGGACGACCUGCGAGGUGGAAACCCAGACUACAACGCGGAUAUACUUAGACGUGUACUAGCAGGAGAGAAGGGGUCUAUUGCCGAUGCCUUGGUACUAAACGCAGCGGCUGCACUCUUGGUCAGCGGAAGCGUAAACAGUCUGGCCGAAGGAGUGGACCUUGCCCGUGAAACACAUGUAUCCGGCAAAGCUCUCAAGACUCUUGAUUUAUGGAUUGAUACAUCUAACAAGGUGAAAGAAGCAUUUAAUGGUACACCCAUCCUAACAUAAAUGCGAACCAACAGAGACAUCAAAUAUUCAAUUUUCACCCAACCACAUUACUACUGUAUGUUCAAUGAGAGGUUCCUCCAGAGAAGAAUAAAGGAAGUUUUGUAGGUCCGACCUCUUAAAUGCUGUAAUCUUUAAGUUUCUUCUUUUUCACUCUCUCUUUACACCUCCCUCCUCCCUCUCUCGCUCUCUCUUUGGGAGAAAAAGAAACACACGCUCUCAGAGUUCAUUACUAUGAGAACUGAUAUGUAAGAGAGAAUCUUGUACACAUAUUAGCAACAUGGCCACAAUUCUUGUACUAUAUCCUCAAAGUCUGAUCUUGAUUCUGA